UCCCCGCGCGGCCGGCCGAGGAGAGAGACACGAGGCCGGCGACGCGCGCUUGGACUUGACUCGACUGAGCACGAUGGGGAAGGCGCUCGGCUGCGCUGCUCUCCUCAUCCUAGCGGCCGUCGCGCCGGCCGCGCUCGCGGAGGCGGUCACCCGGGCCGACUUUCCCCCGGGAUUCGUCUUCGGCGUCGGCUCCUCGGCCUACCAGGUUGAAGGUGCAGUUGCAGAGGAUGGAAGGAAGCCUAGCAUCUGGGACACAUUCACGCAUGGAGGCUAUUCCAUUGACAAUGCGACAGGUGAUGUAACUGCAGACCAGUACCACAAGUACAAGGAAGAUGUAAAGCUUUUGCAUGAGAUGGGUGUCGAUGCAUACAGGAUGUCAAUUGCCUGGCCUCGACUUAUUCCUGAUGGUCGGGGAGCUGUCAAUCCGAAGGGACUGGAGUACUACAACAAUCUAAUAGAUGAACUCCUUAGUUACGGAAUACAACCUCAUGUAACGAUCUAUCAUUUCGAUUUUCCUCAGGCUCUUCAAGAUGAGUACAACGGACUGCUUAGUCCUAGAUUCAUAGAGGACUUCACAGCGUAUGCAGAUGUGUGCUUUAAGAACUUUGGCGACAGAGUGAAGUACUGGAGCACCGUCAAUGAGCCUAACAUUGAACCAAUUGGCGGAUACGACCAAGGAAUCAACCCGCCACGGCGAUGCUCAUACCCCUUUGGCUUUGCCUGUGAGGAAGGCAACUCCACCACAGAGCCAUACAUAGUAGCACACCACCUUCUGCUUGCACAUGCCUCGGCAGUGUCCCUAUAUAGAGAGAAGUACCAGGCUGAGCAAGGAGGACGAAUUGGACUAACUUUGCUUGGUUGGUGGUAUGAGCCCGCAACGGAAACUCCUGAUGAUAUAGCAGCAGCUGCAAGGAUGAAUGACUUCCACAUUGGAUGGUUCAUGCAUCCUAUGGUGUAUGGAGACUACCCUCCUGUGAUGAGGAAGAAUGUAGGGUCCAGGCUACCGUCCUUCACCGAUGAAGAGAGGAAAAGAGUGUUGGGAUCUUUUGAUUUUGUCGGAUUUAACCACUACAUUGCCGUCUACGUGAAAGCUGAUCUUAGCCGACUGGAUCAGAAACUGAGAGAUUACAUGUUUGAUGCGGCUGUGGCAUACGACAUGCCAUUCUUGAAGUCAAAUAAUCAGUUCCCGUUCGGGUUGACAAACGAUUUUAUGACAUCAACCCCCUGGGCUCUGAAGAAAAUGCUGAAGCAUCUCCAAGUGAAAUACAAAAACCCUGCUGUGAUGAUCCAUGAAAAUGGAGCUGCUGGCCAGCCUGACCCAUCUGGCGCGAACACUUACGACGACGAGUUCAGGUCACAGUUCUUGCAGGAUUACAUCGAAGCCACACUUCAUUCCAUCAGGAACGGAUCAAACGUGCAGGGUUACUUCGUGUGGUCAUUCCUGGACGUGUUCGAGUACCUAUUCAGCUACCGCCUCCGGUUCGGUAUCUACGGUGUCGACUUCAACUCGACUGAAAGGACAAGGUAUCAGAGGCACUCGGCGAAGUGGUACUCCAGCUUCCUCCGGGGUGGCGAGCUCAGGCCGGUGGCUCUGCCUGACGGAGCUUACUCCCAGUGAUCAGCACACUCCAGUGACAGGGGAGUUACUAUUGAUGAGCACCCUCUAGGUGAAAAGAUUUUAGCACGUGUAAGCACGGGGUAGUUGGGUGGCAUAUAUACAGUCCUUUAUAUGUUGGACAAAUGCGGGAUGAAUUGAAUAAGUUGAUCUAUGAGUACUGUCGACAUGUUUCUUAUUAGGGUUUUAGGAUGGCAGGGUGUCAGGGUUUGGUGUACACAAAAAAGGGGAUGCAUUGUGUUGCUGUAAGAAACUACAGAGAUUUCCCUGCUAGUUUUGCAUAUGGACUUAAAUUUAAAUGACAGAUACAAAGAUUUGGAGUUU